UCGGUUUUUCCUGGCAUGACCUUUUCCCUUGGCAACCACUUCCUCCGAGCAUCCAACACGGCCAUCUUUAAUUUUAACUUAUUCAUGAAAAGUUGUCUGUCGCUUGUAAACAGAUCGCAGCAGCGCGGUGUAGCUCGCCAAAGAAGCAGACGGACACGGCGCAUUGUUUGUGUGUAGUUUUCCUGCGACAGCUUCCAAAACAGAACAGAGAGGCGAGCCGAGCAGCCGCUGUCCACCGAGAAUAAAAAGCAUGCGAAAGAAGCAGACAGCCAAACAGAGGAAGACUGAGGACUCGUCUGUCGUCCAGGAGUUUGUUGUAGAAAAAAUAAUACGCCGUCGGGUCUCCAACGGAAGAGUAGAGUACUUUCUAAAGUGGAAAGGAUUCACAGAUGCUGACAACACAUGGGAGCCUGAAGACAACCUGGACUGCCCUGAACUCAUUGAAGCUUUCCUUGUCAAAAACGCACAUCUGACUGAGAACUCUGAAGAGGAUCAGGGUGAAAUCAUACCAAAGGAAGAGAUGACAGAGCAAGAGACCGAAAUUACCUGUCUGCAGUCUCAGCAUCAGACUGACACCUGCGUCCUCCAGCCAAAUGCUGAGCUGUCGGACUCCAAGUCUCACCUGAGCCCUCGUCAGGAGCCUGAAUGCAUCAUCGGCUCCACAGACCGAAGAGGAGAACUCAUGUUUUUAGUCAAAUGGAAAAACUCUGAGGAUGUGGCUUUACUCCCGGCGCGUGAGGUGAGUGCCCGCUGUCCUCAGGUGGUCAUCAACUUCUACGAGCAGAAGCUGACGUGGCACUGCAGCGAAGACGAACAGUAAGACAGGCUAUCAUGGUGCAAAGCAGAACUCACCUGCUCCUGCACUCGAAGCUCAGUUUACCCUUCAUCUAAUGCCCCUCUAGAGCACAAAUGGUCCCGCUGUGUGAGCUAACAUCCCAGUGGAGGAGCAGUGUGGUGGCAGGUGUGAGAAACUUAAAUCCCAGGAGAUGGGGCAUAGAUAUUGGGUAGAGAUGGUGCUAUGUAUCCCAUGGUGCUUGGAGGUCGAUGGAACAUUUUGAUGGGAAUGUGAUGAGACCAAAACUAACAGUUGUGUUUAUUUGGGGCAGACUAACCUGUAGCAGCUCAUGUUUGUGUCGUCAUGUAGGAGACACAAUCACUGUGGAUAUGUGGUGUUUUUGAACCCAAACAAGCAUUUACCCUGUAGUUGUAUUUACUUACAAUUAGAGGUGGGAGAUGUAUCUAAAAAUGGAUAAUAUCGCAUAUUGUUUUGGAGAUAAACAAAAUUUCAAUAUUAAGUCUAAAAUUGUUGCUGUGUAAUCUUUCAAAUAAUUCUGUUAAUUUUGCCCUUUUCUGGUAAAUUUUACAGUUUAUUCAUGUUUUCUAUGAUGUUUGAUCCCCAUCCACAAAAAUUGCAGGCACAAUUUGGCACAUUUCAGAUGGGUAUCCUAAUAUUGUGAUCAUAAUCAUAAAAUAUAAUGGUAAUAUUCAUUUUUGUCUAUAUCACCCACGUCUUGUUACAAGAAUGCUGCAGAGUGAGGAGUCCUUCGUUGUUUAGUGAGUAGUCUGACUGAUCUAACUGCUGUGCCUCGAGACACUGUAACCUUUUCACUGUUGUUUAACUUGUGUCCAUUUAUAACCUUAGUUUUUACUGUAUCUCGCAGUGUUACUGUGUGACCUUUAUGGUUAAUGUGUAAUUUUGUAAAACAUUACUCAGCAGAAAAUCCCUAGUUUCAAUUUGCAGCUAUUUACCAAAAAUUAUUAAAAGGAAGAUGGUAAAAGAUAAUUGGCUGCGUGAAUGCCCCUUUGGCGUUACACAUAAAAUUGGCCAGUCAUAUGAAGGUUAAAGGGAUUGUUUAAUUGAAGCACUUUAGCGACCGCCUGUUGGAUUUACAGGGCAUUGUCUUCCUGUAGCUUCAGGUAAAUGUGACUACCUGUUUUAACCUCUCCCAUCAGUGUUAUGGGACCUCUGUUCUGAUUUGUCCAGGAAUUCAACCUGCUACUGAUUUUAAUGUAACCAACCUACUACUGUUGACCAUGGAUCUGUGAAUGUUUGUGAAUAAAAUACUUUGUGCAUCUAUUA